AUGUUUAUUCAACUUUCGCCAUCUUCUCUGCCUCCUCAAACUCGCCGACCCAGCGCAGUACAUCAACUCAAUCACUACCCCACUCAUUACACCACGUUUGUCGCGCUCAGCAAACGAGAUACCCAAGACCCAAUCAUUGAGCCCCUGCAGCGAUUCAAGAGCGAAGGAGACACGGAAGAGGAGCAGAAUUCCCUAGGCGGGCAAAUGGCAUUCGGCGACGACAAUGAUGUAUUGAGACGUAUCGAGGAGGAACAAAGAGCGCAAGAAGCCCUCAAGGUAUUUCAUCAGAAGACGCUAAGGUCCAUCGUCGGUGCUGACCUUCUUCAGAAAGAUCGCUUCUCGCAUUGGAGUAUCAGAGGCUACGCGUAUGCGAGGAAGAACCAUAUCGAAGUCUCUGAGUUGAAUUGGCACGACAUCAAUGACAAUCCGCAUCGGCGCAGGGCGUGGAGCGGCCCUGGCGUCGUGUGGGUUGGCCUUGACUCCAACGGGAACGUACUUUUUCAGGACUGGCCGGAACACUAUAAGGAGCCAAUACGGACGUCUUCCACCAAGCUGAUUGAACUCGAUCUCAGCGAACGCCUCGAUAUCUUCGAAAAGUGCCACCGGCUGCACGAAACGGCAAGAUGCUUCCAGUUGGCAGAAGAGGCGGGCCACAUCACUCGACAUGAAGCGCAGCUGAUAAUUGACUUAGAAGUCUGCUACAAGGCGGGUGUGAAGCUACUGAAGCAUAAGAAGAUACUACCAGGCGUUGACGAGUGGCCCGAACUUGCACAGCAGCAGCAGCAGCAGCAGCAGCAGCAGCAGGGAAAAGAAAUCUUCGCCGAAAUGCAGCAAUGCUAUGGCACCACGCUCUUUCCAUGCAUUGAGACCGUCGUCAUCGCGGCCAGGUACCUGGAUAAUAUGUGGGAUCAUGCAGAUCGUGGAGGGUACCAGUGGCUGCUCAGCGACAGCAAGUUCCUCGACAUAUUCUUGCUGCGUAUGCACAACUUCAUGUGGCGCACUCACGGGCCUGCCAAGUAUCGCCAGACCAUCCACAACCUUCCGCUGGGCAACGUUUGCUCAGAGCACUCGCAGAAGCAAGUCCAAUUGCCGCAGCAGCCUGUAGAGCCGAAAUUCGGCGCCCAAAAGGCCUCGAUCGAGAUGGAUGGGACGAACACUUCACUCCAAUUCUCGAACCAGCUCAAGAGUCUUCCAUUAGUCUUCUCCAAUUCCGACACUGGCUUGAAAUUUUUACCGACAUUCCGGCAAGCCUAG